AUGGCAGUUACAACAGACUCGGUGUUCUCAAGCACGGAGGGGAAGAUCCACAGAUAUGACUUCAAAGCUCCUCAGAUCCGUCAGAUAUAUUCAAUCAUCAUCGUCAUAGUGGGUGUGUUUGGUCUAGUUGGGAACACCCUGAGUGCGAUUGUCUUACACAGGAUGCCUCAAGCGACGGUGAAACUGCUGAAAUAUCUCACAUUUAUCGACAUUUGUCUAAUAAUUCUCGGUUACGUUGAUUUCGCCAUGGGAUUUGAAGAUCCAACCGAGGGCAGUUAUGACAAGGUGAGAAACUCGAUAUUGCCAAUCUCUCACCCAUUAGCACUGACAAUGUAUUUCGCAGAGAUCUAUCUGACCGUCUUCAUUGCGAUCCAGCGAUGCUUGGCUGUUGCUCGGCCCCUGCACAAGAGCAGAGCUACGAGAGAGUCCUUCAUGUACAAGACUGUGGGUGUAAUACUGGUAGUGUCAGUCGUUGUGAACAUACCCCAUUGGAUUGCUUUCCCCCCUGAGUUGAAAUGGGACUCUUACCUAAACGCCACAGUGCUCUCGUCUUCACCAUCAGAGUUUGGAAGGUCGUACGCAUACAGACAGAUCUACUCCGGGUAUCUGACGAUGUUGGUGAGGACGUUCAUCCCAAUGCUGACGUUGUUCGUCGCCAACGUUGUCAUCGUCGUCACCGUUAGAAGGAACCUCGCUCAGAGACUACAGCUUGGGGUAACCACAACGGAACGGGAUGACAGCAAGAUAGGUCAGACAACAGCCGUCAUCUUGGCCAUCACGACCAUGUCCAUCAUCACCCACUUCACGUCUGCCACCAUCCGGAUCCUAAUAGCAUUCUGGGAGAGUGACACGAACCUUGCGAUUGAGGCCUUCUUAAACUUCAGCACGCUUUUGAUUAUGAUCAACUCGUCUACAAAUUUCUUCCUCUAUUGUACCUUUGGCAAGGAAUUUCGAAAAUCAUUGCUGACAUUGUGCAGGACAUAG